CCUACGUCUUCUUUACAUAUAAAAACUCUACUCUCUUUUCCACAUUCACAUUACCAUUCACAACCCUCUCUUAAACGGCUUGUUUCAGUCAACGCCGCCGCCGUGCACAGCCGUCACACAUGGACGGAGACGGCGGAUGCUCACCGACAUCCAGCGGCGCUGACAAAAGAAAGAAACGGGACGUCGAAAAACCCUACCGAGGGAUAAGGAUGAGGAAGUGGGGAAAGUGGGUGGCUGAGAUACGGGAACCCAACAAACGUUCCCGUAUCUGGCUCGGCUCUUAUUCCUCGCCCAUAGCCGCGGCUCGUGCCUACGACACCGCGGUGUUCUACCUCCGUGGGCCCUCUGCCCAGCUCAACUUCCCUGACUCCAUUGCAGAUGAUGGUUAUCUUCAUGACCUAUCUGCUGCUUCCAUCAGAAAGAAAGCCACUGAAGUGGGAAGUAAAGUGGACGCGCUACAAAUGCAAAUCGGCGGCUCAAGCGAGCCGCCGAUUGGAUCAUGUUCAGGCCGGGUUUACAUAAACCCGGACCUGAAUGAGUACCCGAGUCCAGAAUCUUCAGAUGAGAAUUAAAGGUGAGGGAAGGAAUCAAGAAUUCAAGAUUAUUAAUUUGUUGAUAUGGAUGGAAUAUAAAGGGAUUAUUAUUUCGUAUGUUUUUUAUUUUUAUUUUUUAAGAUAGAAGAUAGUUUAUAAGCCGAAGGAUUAUACUUGUUCAUCAUGUUGUUCUAAUGCUAUGGUUUACUUGGUUAAUUAAUCAAGAAGAAAUUAGAUGCAAAA